ACUUUGAGCACAGCCCUUAAGCCCCAGAAGUGACAAGCUGCUGACAUUCCCACUCCACACCACCAGUGCCCUGCCAAAACCCCCCAGCCCCUUUCCCCCAGGGAGGAGCUUGCAUGGCAGUGCAGGUGGCCGUUCUGCCUUCUCCCCGGUGCCUCUUUGACGAGCCCAUCCAGAUCCGCGUGACGGGUCUCCGGCCGCAGCAGGCGGUCACGCUGCACGCCCGCUUGCUCGACGAGAGCGGGGAGCUCUUCCAAGCCCACGCGCACUACCGGGCCGGCAGCAGCGGAGAGCUGGACCUGGCUCGCGCCCCGGCCCUGGGCGGCAGCUAUUCCGGAGUGGAGCCCAUGGGGCUGCUGUGGUCUCUGCGGUCUGAAAAGCCCCAUAAGCGGCUGGCAAAGAGGAAUGUCCUGACCCCUUUCUGUGUGGACUUGGAAGUGUAUGAUGGCCAUGGGGACAUGAGCCGGUUGCUGGGAAAAUGCACCAAUGAGCGAAGGUUUCUAGGAGAGGGAGUGAAGAGGAUUUCAGUCAGAGAAGGUCGGCUUAAAGCAACUCUCUUCCUCCCUCCUGGAUCUGGUCCAUUCCCUGGGCUUAUUGAUCUGUAUGGAUCUGGAGGAGGUCUUGUGGAAUACAGAGCAAGUCUGCUGGCAAGCAGAGGUUUUGUGACCCUGGCUCUGGCUUACAUGGCCUUUGAAGAUCUCCCCACUAUGCCAGCAGUUCUUGAACUGAGUUAUUUUGAGGCAUCUGUAAACUUUUUGCGGAAGCAAAAACAGGUGAAAGAUACUGGGAUUGGCGUUUUGGGCUUGUCUAAAGGAGCUGAUCUAGCCCUUUCCAUGGCCACUUUUCUACCUGGCAUCAAGGCAGCGGUCAGCAUUUCUGGAAGUGGUUUUAAUUCUUUCAUUCCCCUGCAGGGUGAUGGUUUUACUAUUCCUCCCCACCCCUAUGAUCUGGGAAGGAUAAAGUAUGAGUCUGGCCUAGCAGAUUUUAGAGACAUUCUAGAGGAUCACAGGGACCCAGCAACUUGGGGUUGUCGCAUUCCCUUGGAGAAGUCCUCGGCUAAGUUCCUCUUCCUGUCAGGACUGGAUGACACAAACUGGAAAAGUGACCUCUAUUGCCAGGAUGCUGUUCAGCGCCUUCAGCAGCAUGGACGGGAAGCGGAGUUUUACUCCUACUCUGGAGCAGGACACCUCUUGGAGCCACCGCACUUCCCGCUGUGCCAGGCCUCCCUGCACAAAGUGCUUGGGAUGUUUGUGCAGUGGGGAGGGCAGUGGAGAGAGCAUGCCGAAGCCCAGCAAGAUGCUUGGCGUAGGAUUCAGGCCUUUUUCUGGCAGCACCUGAUGGACUUGGAGCUUCCCAAGAGCAAUCUGUAGCGGAAGAGCAUCAAAAAAUGCUGUCAGGAGUAGUAUUUCAGUUCCCAUUGUAAUAGGGUCUGAGUCUUGGAAACACAUGGAAAGUUCCCUAGCCUACUUUCUUCUAUACCACAUUAUAGCAUAGUCAUUUAUUUUUAUUCCAUAAAUAGUUUCUCACUUUUUAGUUGUGUUUUAGGUGUCUUCUGCCCCCAGUUGUGCCAUGGAUUAGCAUGGCACAUUGGAUCUGCCUGAGUGCCAUAGAUAUCUGAAAAAUACUCAAUAUCCUAUCCGGAAAACCUGUCUUCCUCUUUAGUAGCUGGAAAAACUCUCCUACAUGGAGUUUUCCAUUGGAUCUGCCAAGGUUAUACCGUUGGUUAAGCUAGAUGUAAGCAGUUGCUUCUUGGGACAAUACAUGGGUACGUUAUCUCACCUUUUCUUUUGGUAUAUCAUUUUCUCACAUCCCUGGGUAUCAGGGAUAUUACAGUAACUGAGUAAAGAGACACUCUUCUGACUCACUUGCAAGUGCAGCUGAUAAUAUUUAUUUUUUGAGUCAUACCUCAAAACUGAAGAGAAAUGAAGGCUACCCUGGUUGCAUUUAUGGCUGUACCAGGCUGCAGUUUCCACUCCCCUCCUCAAUAAAAGCCAUGUGUAUGGAUGUGUGCAAAGUUCAGCUGAAAUGCUGUGAAUGGAGCCCUCAGCGGCCUUUAUGUCUAUAAAUACACGGCUGACAACCUUGGGGUCACUUUACCUCCUGACAGCAAGAAGAGGGGUGCAGUUUGCCCCUGACCAGUGCAGUUUGCACUGUGCCCUGCACAGCGAUGAAGAUGGGAGUGAUAGUUGAAGCUCCGUUUGUCCUUGCUUUGGGGAGGAAGAAUAAAGCUGAAGAGUGAAGCAGUGGCCCCUCAAAGCGAGCGGCUCAGGUAAUGCAUCCACACAGAGCGCGGCCAUUCAGAAACGUCACCCUUUCCUGAGGAUGCUGGAGUCACUGCUCAGCUCCUGGUGUGAGCAGGUGGAGCGGGGAGGUCUCUCCUGCUCGGCCAUCCUGCUGCACCGUCUGGAUCUGCUCGUCACUUCUUUCUGUGAUUCCUGGUCGGCCCAGGUGUGUCUAUCUUCUGUACCGACCCUGCUGGUUCCUAAUGUUUAGUGAGUGGGUAGGACCUGGCAGAAGGGCAGUGUGUAGGAACAUGACAAAUCAAACGCAUUUAAGCAAUGUAAUUUG